UUUGAUACUUGUAUAUCUUUUUAAAUUGUUAUGAAUUAUAAAUUAGUUCUUAAACAAUUUAAAUAUCCUUUUUUUAGAACCAUAAAAUUAUAGGCUGCAGGUACCUUUUCAUCUUUUGGGUAUAUAGCCCAAUAAAAAUAGAAAUACGCAAAGGUACGUUUUUUUGAAUAUGAAGCUGUACACUCCGGAAAUAUCAUGGCAUCAAAAAGAACCUAUUUUCAGUGUCGAUUUUUGUCCAAACACAUUUAAGCUUGCUAGUUCCGGUGCUGAUUUUACUAUUAAGAUUUGGUUUGUUAAAGAACAAAAUGAAGACGAUAGAAGCAUAAGUAUUGAAUUUCUAGCAAAUCUUGACCGUCACGUGAAGCCAGUUAAUGUUGUGAGAUUUUCACCUAACGGAUUGCUUCUUGCUUCUGCUGGUGAUGAUGGUGCAAUUAUACUUUGGAAGCUAAAUGUCAACGAAAAACCAUCUUCAUCAUUUGGCAAAGAAGAAGAUGAAGAUAAAGAAUCAUGGAAUGUUUAUAAAAUGCUGAGAGGUCAUGUUGAGGAUAUUUAUGAUUUAGCAUGGUCUCCAGACAGCUCUCAGCUAAUUACUGGGUCUGUUGAUAAUAGUGCAAUCAUUUGGGAUGCCAACAAAGGUCAAAGUUUAAAAGUUCUUACUGACCACAAACACUAUAUUCAAGGUGUUUGCUGGGAUCCUCGGGGAUCAUAUUUAGUUACUCAUUCUAGUGACAGAACAUGUCGCAUAUAUACAGCCACUAAUCCUCGAUGUCUGGUUAAAUGCAAAUAUACACGCAUGUUUAUGGAUGAAACAAUGCAAUCAUUUUUUAGAAGGUGCUCAUACUCUACAGAUGGAUCGUUUUUAUUUCUUCCAGCUGGUUUAUGUGAUGGAAAUGAUAAGCCAAGGAUGACUACUUAUAUUUUUUCCCGUGAAUCUUACAGCAAACCUUUACGACACCUUCCUGGUCCAAAGAAAGCUACAUUGGCUGUAAAAUGUUCACCUGUUGUUUAUGAACUGAUAGUGGACAAAGAAAAUGUUAAUCCUUUAAAUGAAAAUGAUGAGUUUUCAGGUCUACCUUAUCGCAUGGUUUUUGCAGUUGCAAGUUUAGAUUCUGUUACAUUCUAUGACACUCAGCAUCAAUAUCCUAUUGGUUUUUGUGCUAACAUGCAUUAUGCUUCUCUUACAGAUCUUGCUUGGUCUUCUGAUGGCAAAUUAUUGGUAGUGUCUUCUACAGACGGUUAUUGUUCUUUUAUAAAAUUUAAUGAAGGAGAACUCGGAAUACCUAUUAAAUACAAUCCUAUUGAGUAUCAAAUUAAUAAAGCAGAAAUAAAAAAUUCAGCUAAAAAAAAAAAAGAAAAACAAGCUGAUGGAAUAAAACCUGAAAAGAAAAAUCCGGAAUUAACAGAAAAAAAAGAUUUAAAAGAAAAAGUAAAAAUUGACCGUAACCAAACAACAAUUGACAAGCUGUUUGUUACUCCUAUCAAAAAGCGCAAACGUUUAAGCAAUUCUGAAGAGAAAUCCAAAAUGAAUUCUGCAAAUGUAAUUGGGCAAAGCCCAAUUUCGGUGGACAUCUCAUCAACUGUGGUUGUUGAAAAAUGUUUGUCUGAAAGUUUUGGGAGUGCAAAAUUUGAAACUUCUCUACUAGUUAAUAAAAUAUCGAACUCAGAAGUCUCAAGUCCGUCAAGAACACCAGUCACAUCAUCAAAAUUACCUUUGACGUUAAAUCUUCCUUGUUGCGAAGAAAUCUCUGGCGACUUAAUAAAAAAAACAGUUAAUUCCAAUGAGUUAAAUCAAAACGAGUCUAAUUGUACUAAAAUAAUAUCACUUACCGCAAAUCAAAAUACAAAUAAACCUCCUAAACGAGUAAAUGUAACCACAUUGCAAACCUUUACAUCAACGGAUUUACCAGAACCAAAGCAGUCCCCUAAACAAAGACAAUCAAAUUUGCCUAUAUCAAAUGCUUUCUCACCAAAAAACCCUAAACGUGUUAAAGUUACAACGAUUUGCACAUAUAACGUACCAGAACAUAUUGCUGAUAGUGCUGUCAAAAAUGAUAAGUCAGAUAGUUUAAAAAUAAAUGGGUGUUAUCCAACUACUGAUCCAUCCGAACAUUCAGUUUCUCGUAACUCUAGCAGCGAUAUUGACUCGAAAGUUGGUUCCGAAUUAGUUACAGACUUGAAUGUUAAACAAAGUUCGAACAUUAAAUCAAACAGUGUCUCCAAUGAACUUGCAGAAAAACAAAACUUUGAAAAAACACUAGCAAAUGAUACCACAGCACUAAAAGAGAAUAGUGUUAUUGUAUUAGAUUAGAUAAGGUGCUUUAUAAACUUU